UUUGUCUUUGCGUCGGAUGAGAGCUCGCCGUCUGUGAUAAGCUGUGAGCAGCCGGCCGGUGGGCAGAGAGCGUGUGGUGCACAGACUGGGUGUUAGAGAACGACUAGCACAGACGGAGCAGAGCACAGAGACACAGAUUUCAGCCUGUGAACCUGCACGCUUGUGUUGUGUUGUUUUUUUCUUUGUUUUGUUUCCUCUGGUGUGGCCGUCAUCUGAGCGCAGGGGGAAAUAUGUUUGAGUGACUCAUCUCAGUGGAUGUCAUGUCCCUCUGCUGAUUGACUGCUUAUGUGCAGUGGCUCAGCUUUCAUAAGAGCACCUCCCGGGCGGAGCCAGCGAUGGGAACUGCCACAUUGCUGGAAUGUUUUGCUUGCUCUCGGCGAAAACGCUGGCUGCCACGCCCUCUUGGGCUUAUGAGAUCUUUCCGCCCAAUCCGCUGUUACCCUGAGACGUCACCACCUCAGUGGCAAUUCCCUCGCAUCAACGGCCACUCUAAAUCAGAGCGCACUGCCAGAGACUCAGCCAUGGGUUACGACAGCGCCUCAGUAAUGAGCAGUGAGCUGGAGUCCAGCUCCUUUGUUGACAGUGAGGAGGAUGAGGAUGCGAGCAGGCUCAGUAGCUCCACAGAACAGAGUUCUUCUUCGCACCUGAUGCGCAGACACAAGCGCCGUCGACGGAGGCACAAAGUGGCCAAGAUAGACCGGUCCUCAUCCUUCAGCAGUAUCACGGACUCUACGAUGAGCCUCAACAUCAUCACCGUCACACUGAACAUGGAGAAGUACAACUUUUUGGGUAUAAGUAUUGUUGGUCAGAGUAAUGACCGGGGAGAUGGCGGCAUCUACAUCGGCUCCAUCAUGAAGGGAGGAGCUGUGGCUGCUGACGGGAGAAUAGAACCUGGAGACAUGCUCCUCCAGGUGAACGAUGUGAACUUUGAGAACAUGAGCAAUGACGACGCCGUCAGGAUUCUCAGAGAGAUCGUUUCCAAAACCGGUCCUAUUAGUCUCACUGUUGCCAAAUGUUGGGACCCGUCUCCACGAAGCUACUUCACGAUCCCUCGUGCUGAACCAGUGAGACCCAUUGACCCUGCAGCCUGGAUUUCACACACCACUGCCCUGACGGGACCUUACCCACACUACGAAUUUGACGACUUGCCUUUAUCUGCAAGUAAAACGGACAUGGCAACUAUUGUCAAGGUGAUGCAGUUGCCUGACUCCGGCUUAGAGAUUCGAGACAGGAUGUGGUUGAAGAUCACAAUCGCCAACGCCGUCAUCGGUGCUGACGUGGUAGACUGGCUUUACUCCAGAGUAGAAGGAUUCAAGGACCGGCGGGAUGCGAGGAAGUACGCGAGCAGUCUCCUGAAACACGGCUACCUGAGACACACCGUCAACAAGAUCACCUUCUCCGAACAGUGCUACUAUACCUUCGGGGACCUCUGCCAAAACAUGGCAUCGCUCAACUUAAAUGAGGGAUCCAGUGGCGGAGGCUCCGAGCAGGACACCUUGGCACCGCUCCCUCCUCCCAGCAACCCCUGGCCCCUGGGCGGGCAGCCGUUCCCCUACCCUCCUUUUCCCUCCGCGCCCCCCAGCUUCCCGCCAGGAUACUCAGACCCGUGCCACAGUUUCCACAGCGGGAGCGCAGGCAGUCAGCACAGCGAGGGAAGCCGAAGCAGUGGAUCCAACCCCAGUGCAGGCAAAGGUAGACGCUCCUCCCCACAGGAGAAGGGUCAGAGGUCAACAUGCGGCGAGUCAGAGCCCGGCAUCCGUGGAGGGAGGCGCGGUGACAGGUCCGCCAGCCAAAUGAGCCAUCACAGCCACGCCAUCUCCAGCCACAGUCAUGCCCGAUCAAGUCUUAGUCACAGUCAGUCCCACAGGAGCCACCAUCACUCACAAAACAGCCACCCUUCCUUCACCUACAGCCACGCUCCGUUCACCAAGCCCGGGCCAGGCUCCUGUGCCCAGAGCGAGCGAAGCCACGCCUCCUCCUACGGCCCCCCCGGCUUGCCUCCUCCUUACUGUCUGGCCCGUCUGGCCCCCAAGACCUCGGUCAGCAGCAGCACGCCCCCUGGAGCCCCUCCUGGGAGAGAGUUAGCAGCCGUUCCUCCUGAGCUCACCGCUAGUCGCCAGUCCUUCCAGCAUGCUAUGGGCAAUCCCUGUGAGUUUUUUGUUGACAUCAUGUGACAGGACAGUGCCUUGAAAACUCAUCGAGCACAAUACAAUUCUCCACGAACCCGCCCUUCCCCUCCUCCCUUUCCACCCUAAGAUCUUUUCUGUCUCUGAGUUCAGAAUGUAAACACUGACUGAGCCUCUACCUUAACCCCCCGCUAUCUGUCUUUCCCUCUGAUGUCCACACAAAGGACGGCAGGCAGCAGGAGCACAGCAGGAAGGAAGUCCUCUCACGCUUACAAACACGGGUCCUCGCUGACUGAAAACCCUCUUUUGUAUUGACGUGACGUGUAAAGUUUGUGAAACGUGAAUGGUAUUCAAUGUGGUGAUUCUUUAAAGCUGCCGCGCAGACAUUCUCUUUGGAGUGUGUACUCUACGUAGGAUCAUUUCUGUUGAGCGAGACCUUUAAGAUGUCUGGGCCUGGAUCUCAAUCCCCCAGACCCAGACCGACAACUUCAACCCGCACUUAGAAACUUUUAAUUUUUUGGGGCCUAGGACUUGGACUGGAUCUCCUGACUCAAAUCUGUGCAUAGCCGAACGUUUUUUACUCUUUUCACUAAACCUUUAAUCGGCCCCAUUUCCUUUACGGUGUGGCACUGCCACCGGUUUAUUUAAGUUCUUACCUGCCAAGACUAACCUUGAGUUCACAAAAAGGUUGAUUUCUUCAAUAAGGGAGGCCCUGCAGCCAGUUUAACUAGGCUGCAUAUUGCAUGACUGUCUCAACUGCUUUAAAGAAAAGAAGUUUUAUGAAUACAUUUUGUUUUAAAGUAUUACCAUUCUUGUGGAGGGGUGGCGUUACCUCUUGCCAAAUGUUCUAAAGGAAGAAUCCGUACACUGGAUACAUUUUGUGAUGUUAUUUAUGUGCUCAUGUUGCAUUGAUGGUGUCAUACUUUGUCUACUUCGACUGACUGACAGACAAUCAGACAUCACCCUUUGUGAAUCAGUGGCCAGUUCCCACUGUCCUAGCUGUUCUUUGUCGAAUGUAUCGUUAUUCCUGCCAGUGAUUAAACCCUGACGCUCUGGACAGUUCGGUUCAAACACUUCUAUGGAGCGAAUCAACAAACAUACAGGAUCGUGGACAACCACCACGGCAGCGAGAGCAAACUCUGAAGGGUUGGCAUGAGAUAGAACCAGUUUGCUGUACGAGCGCCAUCGUCGUCCUCUUUUGAGUGUGAGCUUCGAAAAAAGUUUGUGCGAUACAAGCCAAAGCCUCACGUUGUGUAUGAUGGAUAUUUGCAAGCUGUUUAUUUCCUCGUGAUUAUCAUCAAACACGUCUCAUUUUGCAAGUUCAAAGUGACUUUAAGGGGGAUCCUGGCCUUCAGAUGCUGACAUCAUUGUAAAACAAUGGCAAACCCCUGUUGUAUCUACCUAAAUAUAGAAAAUGAGAAGGAAAAUACACACACACACACACACA